AUGUCUCCAUCAGUUAUUCAUACAGUUAUGGAUUUAUUUGUUAAAUGUGAAUCAUUGGAAAAAGUUCGUCAAAUAUUAUUAACUAUUGUUGAAUUAGCACGUAAAGAAGAUGGUUGUUUAAAAUAUAAAUUAUUUGAAAAUUUAUCAGAUAAUUGUCAAUUUACAUUUAUUGGAGCAUGGGAAAAUGAAGAUGCAUUUGAUGAUCAUUUACAAUCGGAACAUUUUCGUAAAGCUGAUAUUGAUAUUAAAAAUGAUUUAAUUAAAUCAAUUGAUAUUAAACGUUAUAAAUAUAUUCAAACAGAUCCAACCAAUAUAACACAAAAAAAAACAAGUGCUUUUUGUAUUUUAACAUAA